UGGCGUCACGCCUGGCUCGCGCGGGAAGAGCGCUGCUCUGGCACGCGGCUGCUUCUCGCGCGCGGAGCGCCAAGGCGGCGGCUGCCGGCGGAGGGAGGCGAGGAGAAGGCAGGCGGCUGUGUCCGCCCGCCCGCCUCCCCUCGGGCGGCGCGGCGCUGGGCGCCGCUGGGCCAUGGAGAAGCGCUCCAAAAUGCCGAAGCUCCCCGCCGCCAGCCUGGAGGGAGGAAAGCGGCGCCAGAGCCUGUUCGAUAAAGACGGCAUGAAAGGAAAAAGGAAACAAUCACAUUAUGAAGCUUUAGGUAUGGUUCCACUGGAAGAAGAGCAUUUUAGUGAUUCAAUGAAAGCUAAGCUAUUGGCAUUCAAAGCUAAUAGAACAAAGAUAAGAUAUGCUAAUACAUACAGAUUGGAGCCACGUAAUAAAGUUCGAGAUUAUUUAGUAAGAGACAAAGCUCAAGCGAUACUAACGAAUAGACUUCAAGAAGCCAAAUACGAUGGAGCUUCUAGUCCCUCCUUGUGUGCUUCAAUCUCAGAAGAAAUAUUAAAGGCUGUGAAGGCAUUGGACUUUGACCGUUAUAAGUACGUGGUAUCAGUACUAAUGGUGGAAAAGGCAGGUCAGGCAAUAAAUGUUGCCAGCAGAUGGGUCUGGGAUGUUCAAAGAGAUACUUGGGUUUCAGCUAAAUGUGAGACGGGAACAUUUAUUGCACUGGCUUUGGUAAUGGCUUGUUAUUAUGACUAAUGCUCCAAAAGCCACACCUGGUUUUGUGCAUCACGGUACCUGGUAUAUUUGAAAAUUUUCAGAAUGUCAUUAUUUUAGUAGUAACUUUUGUCCUACUGCUGUUGGCACAUUGAAAUCAACAUAGAGUUGAGAUAAUUUUGCUCAUUUUUCUCUGUUAAAAAAAAACCACACACAAACCCAAAAAAAUGCUUGUAAAAUGCGUAUGGUUGAGUACAUAUGGGCUUCAUCUGUUGUAACACUCUGCUGUGGAAGCUGAAGCAGCUGGUGUAAGGCCAAACUUUGCAAAAUUAUGAAUGUUGGUUGUCUGUUGCAUGCCUGGAGUUGUUAAUGAAUGUUUACAAUAAACUGCAGGUAUUGGUAUUCUUAAAAGCACGCCCUUUGUAAGAAAAGGCAGCGUCCUUUUUGUAUUUUCUAGGUGUAUCUUUGUUGCAAUGCUGGUUUGUGUAGAAACAUGGUCAGGAGGGA